AUGCCACCCCCAACCAAACCCGCCGACGACGAAGCCCACCAAGCCCUCCUCAACGAACUAGACAUCGGCAUCAUCCCCAAACCCUUCCGCAACGCCCACUGGAAACCCUCCCAACGCCGCAACAAGAACAUAAAGCAAAUCAUCUCCGAGAACUCACGCAAAGAAGCAUCCGUCCUCGCGACCCAAGCCAACUCCGGCGCAACAACCCCCUUCACAACCGCCACCGACGGCUCCCAGACUCCCGCCGACGCAGGGCCAGCACCAUCGGGCAACAAAGCGCCCAAUCUCGCGCAAGCUUCGCAGAAUCUCUCCACAAUGGUGCUGGAGAAGAAUGCCCGCGCCUUUGCGACGGGUCCGUCUGUCACAUACACGAAUAUCGAGUCAGCGCCGUCCCUGAGUGCGGCGCACCAGCGUCACUAUUGUGAUUUGACGGGAUUGCCGGGUCCGUAUACGGAUCCGAAGACCAGGUUGCGGUAUCAUGAUAAGGAGCUUUUUGGGGUUAUUCGGUCGCUGGCGCAGGGGGUUCCCGAGAGUUAUCUUGAGGCUAGGGGGGGCUCAUACGGUGUUGAAAUAAAUGAGAGCAGCGGAGUGGAGCGGAGCAGAGCAGAGCAGUGGAAACGAAUGCCAUUGCUGUUCGCUCUCUACGAAAGUACAUAUGAUAAUUUGCAAGGUGUGUUUUCUUGA